UUGUAAAGUAAAAUUUAUAAAAUGCCGUUGACGACUACUGUACCGAAUAAGAUAUUGAUGAUCUUUUUCAUCUUCACCUUUAUCCAGUGCGCUAGAGCUGAAACUUUAGCGGAAGAAAUAGAAAAGUUACGUAAAGUGUACCAAAAGGCUCAACACCAAUAUUUUGCGAAAAUAAUUGGAAACCUUAAAACGUCCAGUGCUGUGAAAAUCGACAUCCCUCCAAACAUGAUUCUUUCUCUGUUUGAGUCUACCACAGAAGAAGAUGAUCAAAAAUCACUGAUGAACUUAUUUCCCGCAAUCGAUUCCAAUCAAGAAACCACAUUUAAUAAGUUUGCCGAAUGGUUUGAGAAAGAUUUUCGCAGAGGUCUGCAGAAAACACUGCUAGCAUUCGCUUGCUGGGCAACAACUGGCGAAACGUACUCUACACUGUUGUCCAAGCCGGACAAUUUCCGAAAAUAUGGUACACUUUUUUCACAUGCUUUCAGCAUCUCCAAAGAAGGGAAGAGAGCAGUAACAGAAGCGGCCACUCUUAACGUAAAGUAUUGUGAUCUCACAAAAACUGUUGACAAUCAUUUGGCUAGCUACACUAGUACAAGCAUGCUUGAGAAGCUUAAAAUGAUCUCAAAAUAAUUAUUGUCGUUUUGAAGAAGGGCUGACACAAAUAAAAAGUUUAAGAAAAAUAAAAA